AUGGCAAAGUUGAUAGUAUACAUUGCUUUUUUCAUCUGUUGUCAAGCUCCCAACGCACCUCAAGCAGGACAAAGACGAAAUGGAGAAGCAGGAGUAUACAUUGCUUUUUUCAUUUAUUGCCAAGCUGCCGACCAAAAUCAAGCAGCUGUGCCAAGAGGAGAAGGAGAUAGGCAAGCAGGAGUAGCUGCGGAGGUUGUCACAGAUUAUAAAACAGAUGAGUUAUGGGAAGAUGGCCGAUUAAUAGCGACAACAAAAGUAGAAAAACCAAUAAUGAUGAUUUGUGGCACAGUGGAAUAUGGAAGACCAUUUGUUUUGGAGGAGAAACCGUUUCUAUUUGCGUGGAACUCUCUUGACCUGAUAAAGUGA